UUUUCCAUUUUAUCUGCUUGCUUGCACCUUCUCUAUACUGUUGUACUCUCGUUUCCUUCUUUGCACAGCCGCUGACCCGGUGUCUUUCGCUCUUGAGCUGUUGACCGCUGUCACAUUGUCUCUGCCUAACGAGCUGAUUACUUGCACGUGCUGACCCGAGCACAUAUAUCCAUCCAGCGGGUACAAGAGUCAGCGUACAGAAUAUAUCCUUUCAAAGUUAUUCACAAUGGAACAAGAAAAGAACCUCCGACUAAAGGUCACCGACAUUCCCUCCUCGAAUUCCUCAAAUCCAGAUACUAUGCCAUCACCAGGCCGGGACAGGUUCAAACCACUGGCACUACGAGCCAAUACACACAAUUCCAUGGAUUUCGAGCACCUGUUCGUUGGUCCUCGAGACAUGAAACACCAUUCAAAGGUGCCUUUCUUCCUCCGAGUCCAUGGCAGUGUAGUUCCCAAGAUGAUCCUUCCACUCCUCUUUGUUGCAGCUUGGGCCACGGCUAUCACCUGCAUCAGCAAAUUCGUCCACGAUCUGGGUAUCAAUUCCGUUCUCUUGACGAUCACCGGUUUCGUGGUCUCGUUGGCCUUGUCAUUCCGUUCCACCACUGCAUACGAAAGAUACAGCGAAGGACGAAAGUACUGGGCGCAGUUGAUGUUGACCUCACGAAGUCUUGCUCGACUGAUUUGGAUUCAUACUGGAGAGCGUCACGAUGUUAGUGAAGAGCAAGGCAAAGCCGAUCUACUGGGCAAGUUGACGGCCUUGAACUUGGUCAAUGCAUUCGCCGUGGCCCUCAAACACUAUCUUCGAUUCGAACCUUCCGUGGAAUACCCCGACCUCGAACCCCUCAUCGGAAACCUUCACACUCUCGCUGGCGAAGCAGAUCAGAGCGCUUUGGAGCCGAAGAAGCAGACGCCGUGGCAUGAAGCAGGCGAAUAUCUGGGCGUCUCGUUCGCAGAGUCGAACCCGCGUAAGCUCAUUAAGCGCUCCAAAGACAAUCUGGGUAAUCUUCCUCUCGAAAUCCUCAACUAUCUUGCCGCAUAUAUGGACGAAAUCAUGAAGAACGGCCAGUUGACUGUGCCUGUCCACCAAACACAUGUCAUGGCCAAUGUCACCUCUCUUGCCGAAGUACUUACCGGUACGGAACGCGUACUGAGCACGCCGGUGCCUGUCGCCUACUCGAUUUCAAUCUCCCAGAUCACCUGGGUAUACAUCUUGACGCUUCCGUUCCAGCUGUACAAGUCAUUGGGAUGGGUGACGAUCUUUGGCACCGUACUUGCCGCAUACGUUAUUCUGGGGUUGGCACAGAUUGGCUACGAGAUUGAAAACCCAUUUGGGCACGAUGUCAAUGACCUGCCACUUGACGCCUACUGCCGCGAACUCGCUGCUGACAUUGACGUGUUGACAAGCAUGCCGGCCCCGACCGCCAAGAACUUCAUCGCUACGGCGGAGAACAAAGUGCUAUUUCCCUUGAGCAUGAGCAACUACGCAACCUGGAACCAACGGUCGGUUGCCGAGAUCAGGACAGCUCUGCGGAGGAAGGCCACCACCAAGGCCCUGUCGGUUGAACAAGAGCGUGUAUUUGCCCAGAGUGAGAGUACCAAUGAGGCCAUGGCCGUGCCGCAUAACAUUGACCACACGGACCGCCCUGAAGGUGACCAUUGUUGAAGGCUUCAGAAUGGAUUGGCAUGUUAGCGACUGCAAAUGUGCGAAUUGUGUGAAUUGAUCUUUGCGUGCAUAUUUGUCCGGUUACUAGCGAAAUGAGAAAAAGCGACAAAGGUUAUACCAUCACAGCAUGGAAAAAAUUGGUCCCACGACAACAUCCCA